AUGGAAAGUGUGGUUAAGUUUGUUGAUGUAGUGUCAGGAAAAAUUUCUAAAAAGGAUAAGAGCCAAGAUCAAAUUCUGGGAAGUAACAUAGAAAGCCAAUCAACUAUUUUUGAAGCUCCAAAAUUACUUAAGAUUGCUGAGGAAAAUAAUUUGCAAAAUAGCACUAUAACAUUUGCUAAUGGUUCCAAUGGAAAGGUAACCAAUGAAGUUGUUAAAGUUACAUCUUGGGAAAAAUUGGUUGAAAAAGAAAUGGUGACAGGGAUGCAGAAAAUGGUGAUUCAUAAUUCAACUUCAGAUAAUAAAGGCAACAUAUGGCUAUUUUGGAAUGCAAGCAUAAAACAAUCAACUAUCAUAUCAAUGUCAAAUCAGAUGGUCACUGUCAGUGUUGGUGAUGUAUUGGUUUCUGAUGAAAAAGUUGGGGGGAGAAGUCCUAACAGAACUUCAAUGUUGGAAUUCAGUGAAUGUUUAGAUAAAUGUGAAUUACUUCAAGCCCCAAAAAUAGGAAUGCAGUUUUGUUGGUCUAACUGCCAACAAGGAAGCAAAAUAAUCCUAUGUAAUUUAGACAGGGUGGUGUUUAAUCAAAAAUGGCUGCAAAAAUAUGAAGAUUGGGGAUAUAAAGUUGAUCUUAAGAUUGUAUCAGAUCAUUCUCCUUUGUUGGGAGGAUGUGCAAAUAUUCCCAGGCCACAGAGUGUACCAAGGAAAUUUCAAAAAAUGUGGAUAAGUCAUCCAGAUUUCCUGAAUGUGGUUAAGGAAAGUUGGGCUGUUGAGAUUAAUGGUGAUCCUGCUUACACAUUCAUGAAGAAGCUGAAGGAGAUAAAAAGGAUAAUUAAUGAUUGGAAUUGGAAAGUCUUUGGAAAUGUCCAUGUUAAACUUAAAGAAGCUGAAGAAAAGGUAAUGGAAGCAAUGCAAGCAUCAGAUUCCAAUCCAUUUGACUCUGAAGCAUUUGAUGUCUUAGUUGCAGCUCAAAAUGAUCAUGCAAAUAGAGAAGUUCAAGUUAAUACUCUAAUGAGACAAAAAUCAAGAAUGAAGUGGAUCAAAGAGGGAGCAGCAAAUACAAGCUUUUUUCAUACCAAUUUAAAAAAUAGAUCUUCUAGUAACUUGAUAAGUGAAUUGGAGGAUUCCAAUGGAAAUGUGAUAUCAGAUCAAGAUCAAAUUGCAGACUGUCUUGUAAAUCAUUUUAGAAAACGUUUGAAGAACAAGGUGUCAACAUCAAGGAGGAAUUAUUAG